UCCAGUAGGGGGCAUUAUCCAAAUGGUCACAGCUGGUAAGCAAAACAAAACAGCCCAGCUACUUCAAUUUGAACAAAACCGUUUUAUACAUUACUAACAAACAAAAAAAAUUAACGUAUAUCUAAUUUGAAUUACAUAUUUUUAUACUACUGUCACGUAGGGCCACUAUUAACACGUGUAAACCUGCAGAUAAGAUUUUAAGCUAACGCUACAAGCUAAAGAUAGUCACGAGAGUCACAGAGUGAAUAAUCCCAUCAAUUAAUUGCGACAUCGAGUCCUCCGGUAGGUGUGACAGGCUUCUGGCUAUCAUCUACCUGGUCCUAGUCAAUUUUAUUUAUUUCAAAUUAGAUAAAAAUGUUCAGAUUAGGUCGGCGAUCGCGCAUGCUAGCCUUUUAACUAGUUCCAUAGCAGACAGCGACAGUAAAUAGACUAAUCCACAGCGGACAUGGACUACGCUUAUCAUCGAGGUGUGGUCGUUUGGAUGUGAAAUCAUGCGGUAGAGUACAAUAUUGAGAAACAGUGGCGGUGGUGAAAAACAUUAGCUGUCAGUGAUCAGCGCUGUCUCCUUCCUUCACCAUGCCGGGGAUGGUGGCUUUCGGUCGGCGCUGGGGCAUCGCCAGUGACGAUCUGGUUUUCCCUGGAUCUUUUGAAAUGCUGGUCCGAGUGCUCUGGUGGAUUAGCGCGCUCAUUCUGUACACUUAUCAUAAAGGACGUUUUGACUGCGGCGGCGGAGGAGUGCUUCACAGCUACGUUAUUGGAUUGUUGGUCAUCCUUGGUUUCAUCAUUUUCUCAUUAGCGGCUAUUGUCUACGUCAGUGCACAAGGCACUAUUACAAACCCUGGUCCACGCCGCUCCAUCACUGCUCUGGUGUACCUGCGAGCUCUCCUGUACCUGCCGGAGCUGGCCUGGGCCUGUCUUGGGGCAGUGUGGGUGUCUGAUGAUGGCAAAGGGUGCGACCCUGCCACUGUGUGGGCGGUUAUUGCGGCUGUUGUUGCCAGUUGGAUCAUCCUGCUGUUCACUGCUGUGGGCGUGGUGUUUGUUUUCGACCCUCUGGGCAGCACUCGUCGUGGGCAGGCCCCCAUGGAGCCCCUGGGAGUGAGGGACAUGGAGAGCAGCGAGGGGAGCCAGUUUCUGUCCACAGCACGCUCUCUGGCCGUGAAGGUGUGGGAGAGCCGCCUCAAAUUGCUCUGCUGCUGUCUGCCCCAGGACGACAGCCACAGAGCAGCCUUCUCCAGUAUCGCCCAGCUCGUCAGCGGAUUCUUCUCUGACACAGACCUUGUUCCCAGUGACAUCGCAGCUGGUUUGGCUCUGCUGCACCAGGAGCAGGACAAGAAGGAGCAGAGCAGAGAUCCAGACUCCGUAACAACCCACAGCCCCUCCUCCCCACUUGGGGAGGACUUGGAGACCGAGCUGGAGAAGGCGACUCAUUGUAUGCACUUUGCGGCAGCUGCUUAUGGAUGGCCCCUGUACAUCUACUCCAACCCUCUGACCGGGCCCUGUAAACUCAGUAAAGAUUGCUGUAGAAGUCAAACAGCUGAGUAUGAGAUCGUGGGAGGAGACCAUCUUGGCUGUCACUUCUCUUCCAUCCUGCACAGCACUGGUUUACAAUACCGGGACUUCAUCCACGUUAGCUUCCACAACCAGAUUUAUGAGAUCCCAUUCUUUGUGGCGCUGGAUCACAAGAGAGAGGCCGUGCUGGUGGCUGUGAGGGGGACACUGUCUCUUAAG